AUGUCUUCUCUCUCAGUUAAGGGCAAGUUGGCCAUCGUCACUGGCGCUGGUUCAGGCAUCAAUCUGGCCUUUGCGAACCUGCUUCUCCAACAUGGCUGCUCUGUAGUCAUCGGCGACUUAGCCCUACGUCCCGAAGCUGAGGAGCUCAUAUCUCAAUUUCCCCAAAAAGAAGACGGCUCCGGUCCUUCAGCCAUCUUCCAUCAAACGGAUGUAACAUCGUGGCCAGCUCUGUCCUCGCUCUUUGAAAAGGCUCUGUCAUCCUUCGGCCGAGUCGACAUUGUCGUCCCGGGGGCAGGUGUCUUCGAGCCUCAGUUCUCGGCGUUCUGGAAUCCGCCCAAGACAGCGACCAAUCCAGAUACCCCGAGCAUCGACGCGGCCGAUGCCGUGCCCGGCUCGUACAAGUCCAUAGAGAUCAAUUUGACGCAUCCUAUCCGCCUGAGCCAGCUGGCCAUAGGAUACUGGACGAAGAACAAGAUGCCGGGUACCUUGGUGCAUGUUAGUAGUAUUGCUGGACAUAUUGCAGGAAUUGGCGCGCCCUUGUAUUUCGCGACCAAACAUGGCUUGCAUGGCUUUGUUAGAUCGUUGGCGAAGCUAAGAGACACAGUCGGUAUCCGAGUCAGUGCCGUCGCUCCCGCUAGCGUAAAGACACCACUUUGGACUGAAGCUGCUGGUAUGAAACACUUGAUGGAUGCCGGUAUAGGAGAGGAGAUUACUCCCGAGACCAUCGCCGAAGCGAUGCUGGAGCUGUGCCAGAAUCCUGAAUAUGGCGAUGGGACAAUCCUCGAGGUCACUCUGGAACACAAGAGGGUCGUACCGCUGUUUAACGCUGAUCCGCCGCCGCCGAGUGCCAUUGAAAACCCGGUUUUUGCGACGGUUACCAUGGAGCUGCUUGAGAGGCUGAAGACGAAAGGGAUAGAUGUCUAA